AUCACUGGUGUCUCCAACUCGUUAGUGAGUUUCGCUUCAUCUUUUGCUGGAUUUUCGCGCAAAUUAUUCUUCGUUUUUGCGUCAUUUUCUUAAAUCAUCCCUUUUGGAGUCUCGCCAUUUAUCUGGUGGAUACAACUCAGGCUUCAAGAUGGCGAUGUCAGCAGUAUAUGUGUUAGACGUCAAGGGAAAGGUAAUAAUAUCCAGAAACUAUCGCGGGGAUAUCGACAAUUCUGCGAUCGACAAGUUUAUGCCAUUAGUGUUAGAGAAGGAGGAAGAAGGCGAUUCACAAUCUCCUAUCUGUGUUCAUGGAGAAGUGACCUUUGUGUACAUCAAAUACAACAAUUUGUACCUUGUGUGCACAACUAAAAAGAAUGCAAAUGUUGCUCUUAUUUUUGUAUUUCUACACAAGAUUGUGCAGGUGUUUACAGACUAUUUCAAAGAGCUUGAAGAAGAAAGUAUAAGAGAUAAUUUUGUCAUCAUAUAUGAACUGAUGGAUGAGCUUAUUGACUUUGGAUAUCCACAAUUUACAGAGACCAAGAUCUUGCAAGAGUAUAUUACACAGGAAGGUCAUAAACUGGAGUUAGCACCCAAACCUCCACCUGCGCUUACCAAUGCUGUUUCAUGGAGAGGUGAAAACAUCAAAUACAGAAAGAAUGAAGUAUUCUUGGAUGUUAUUGAGUCUGUUAAUUUGAUGGUGAGCUCAAGUGGAAAUGUACUUCGCAGUGAGAUUAUUGGUACAGUUAAGAUGAGGUGUUACCUGUCGGGUAUGCCUGAGUUGCGUUUGGGACUGAAUGACAAAGUCCUCUUUGAAAACACUGGUCGUGGUAAGAGUAAAGCAGUUGAACUUGAAGAUGUCAAAUUUCACCAGUGUGUUCGUCUGUCAAGAUUUGAAAAUGAUCGCACAAUCUCAUUCAUCCCUCCUGAUGGAGAAUUUGAGUUAAUGUCUUAUCGUCUUAAUACUCACGUUAAACCUCUGAUAUGGAUUGAAUCAGUGAUAGAACGUCAUUCACACAGUAGAGUUGAGUACAUGAUUAAAGCAAAGAGUCAAUUCAAGAGAAGAUCAACAGCCAACAAUGUAGAAAUUCUUAUUCCAGUUCCUCAAGAUGCAGAUUCACCAAAAUUCAAGGCAACUGUAGGCAGUGCAAAGUAUGCACCUGAACAGAAUCUUGUUAUCUGGAAUAUCAAAUCAUUCCCUGGUGGAAAGGAAUUCCUUUUGAGGGCACAUUUUAAUCUACCUAGUGUUGAAGCAGAGGAAACUGAAGGUCGUCCACCAAUCAAACUCAAGUUUGAAAUUCCAUAUUUCACUGUAUCUGGAAUUCAGGUUCGAUAUCUGAAAAUUAUAGAAAAGAGUGGUUACCAGGCCCUACCAUGGGUGCGAUACAUCACUCAAAAUGGAGAUUACCAACUUAGGACAACUUAGACUAUUAAUUACGUUUAUACUUUGGGACUUUGUGCUGUCAAAGAGAGGAUAGGUUUUAAAUCACACAUAAAAACCUUCUAGUAGUCAAUGACAAAUCAACUGUUAAUUGAACAAAUAAUUACUCAAUCCCUGUAAACCUUUUUGUUACUUAGGCUAUACCAAGGCUAUAUGUUAGUAAGGUAAGCUGCCCCAUUGAUACAUACCACAUUAACCAUUACUGGAGAAAAGGAAAGGACAGGUUUUCAUUGUAUGUAGGCAUCAAAAGCAUAUAGACAUAGUAAUAAAUGUUUCUAAAUUCAA